AUGCCUGUCGUCACACCCGAUAAGUUGGCUAGCCUGCAAAGGCAUGCCGCUGAUACUCCCCAGAUUUGCAUUCUGGCCCACGUCGACCAUGGCAAGACGUCCCUAACAGACGCCCUGCUGGCCACAAACGGCAUCAUCUCCCCCAAGCUCGCCGGUAAGAUCCGCUACCUCGAUUCGCGGCCCGACGAGCAGCUGCGCGGCAUCACCAUGGAGUCCUCCGCCAUCUCCCUCUAUUUCUCCAUGCUGCGCCGCUCCGCCCCGGACGCUGAGCCGGAGGCCAAGGAGUACCUCAUCAACCUCAUCGACUCGCCCGGCCACAUUGACUUUAGCAGCGAGGUCUCGACCGCCUCACGCCUGUGCGACGGCGCCGUGGUUCUCGUUGACGCCGUCGAGGGCGUUUGCAGUCAGACUGUUACCGUCUUGAGACAGACGUGGACUGAGAAGCUCAAGCCCCUGCUCGUCAUCAACAAGAUCGACCGUCUGGUCACCGAGCUCAAGAUGUCCCCCGCGGAGGCCUACACCCACCUCAGCAAGAUUCUUGAGCAGGUCAACGCUGUGCUGGGCAGUUUCUUCCAGGGCGAGCGCAUGGAGGAAGACCUCAACUGGCGCGAGCGGAUGGAAGAGCGCGUGCAGGCUGCGGCCGCGAGAGAGGCGGGCACGGACUCGACGACGGACUCGGGCGAGCUCCAGUUCCAGGAGAGGGACGACGAGGACCUCUACUUUGCGCCGGAGAAGAACAACGUCAUUUUCAGCAGCGCCAUCGAUGGGUGGGCCUGUACCGUAAGACAGUUUGCCAGCUUGUACGAGAAGAAGCUCGGCAUCAAGAGGGGCACGAUGGAAAAGGUGCUCUGGGGCAGUUACUACCUCGACCCCAAGACCAAGAAGAUCCUGGGCCAGAAGCAUCUCAAAGGGAGGAACCUGAAGCCCAUGUUCGUCCAGCUGGUGCUAGAGCCCAUCUGGACCGUCUACCAGGCUACCGUUGGCGGCGACCAGGGCAGGGGCGAUCCAGCGUUGCUGGAGAAGAUCACCAAGUCCCUCGGGCUCACCAUCCCUCCUCACAUCAUGCGCUCCAGGGAUCCCCGACUGCUCCUGACGACCGUCUUCUCGUCUUGGCUCCCGCUGUCGACGGCAAUGCUGGUCUCCGUCAUCGAGUCCCUCCCGUCACCGCCGGCAGCGCAAGCCGAGAGACUGCCGGAGAUGCUCGAGCACGUCCCCGGCGCAGACUCUGUCGACGAGAAGAUCAAGGACGCCAUGGUGUCUUUCAAGACGUCUCUGUCGGACCCCGUCGUCGCAUACGUCAGCAAGAUGGUCUCCGUCCCCGAGAGCGAGCUGCCCCACAACAAACGCAAGCCCGGCCAGCUGACGGCCGACGAGGCGAGAGAGCUUGCACGGAAGAAGCGGGCGGAGGCUGCUCGCGCCCAGGCCGCGGCGCCGUCCGGCGCCAACGGCGUCAACGACCUUACAACGGCCCUCGAGGAGGUCAACCUGGAUGACUACGCCCCCGAACACGAAGAAAAGGAGAUCGACCCCGAGCACCUCAUCGGCUUCGCGCGCAUGUACUCCGGCACCCUCUCUGUCGGCGACUCCCUCUGGGUCAUCCCGCCCAAGUGGUCCCCCGCGAACCCCAACGCCAGCCCGCAGCCGAAGCAAAUCACCGUCACCGCACUCUACAUGCUCAUGGGCCGCAACCUCGAGGCCCUUGAGUCGGUUCCCGCGGGCGUCGUCUUCGGCAUCGGCGGCCUCGAGGGCCACCUCCUCAAGAACGGCACCCUGUGCAGCCGGCUCGAGGGCGCCGUCAACCUCGCGGGCGUCGCCAACCUCGGCAAGCCCAUCGUCCGUGUCGCCCUCGAGCCCGUCAACCCGGCCGAUCUCGACAAGAUGAUCCACGGCCUGCAGCUGCUCGUCCAGUCGGACCCCUGCGCCGAGUACGAGCAGUUCGGCAGCGGCGAGCACGUCCUCUUGACCGCCGGCGAGCUGCACCUCGAGCGUUGCCUGACAGACAUCAAGGAGCGCUUCGCCCGCUGCGACAUCCAGGCCGGCGCCCCCAUCGUCCCCUACCGCGAGACCAUCGUCCGCGCCGAGGAGAUGCGGCCUCCGGCCAACAAGGAACUCGGCCGCGGUGUCGUCGUCGGCACCACGUCCUCCAAGCAGGUCUCCAUCCGCCUCCAGGUCCGCCCAUUGCCCGCCGACGUCACCGACUUCCUCCUCAAGAACGGCGACGUCAUCAAGCGCAUGUACUCGGACCGUACCGCCGCCUCGCAGGGCGACACAACCGAGGGGCCUUCAGAGUCCGCCACCGCCGGCGCCAACGGCGAGGAAAAGAUUGAUAUCGACACGGACCUAACGGCCGCCAAGAUCAUGUCCCUCGACGACUUCAAGCGCGACCUCCAGUCCGCCCUCGAGGCCACCCGCGGCGGCCGCGAGUACUUCAAGUCCGCCGUCGACCGCAUCGCCGCCUUCGGCCCCCGCCGCACGGGGCCCAACCUCCUCAUCGACUCGACCAAGGAGGGCCUCCUCACGAAGCUCUUCUCCCCGGCCGCCGAGCGCGAAGGCUCCGCCGCGCCUCAAGCCGACGAGGUCCUCCGCCCCGUCCACGUCGCCGACAAGAUCCCCUACGCCUUCCAGCUCGCCACGGCCCAGGGCCCCCUCUGCCACGAGCCCGUGCAGGGCAUCGCCGUUUUCAUCGAGGACGUCGUCAUUAACACCACCGAGGACGAGCCCACGGCCCCGACGGCGCGCGACCGCCUCCCCCGCCUCACGGGCGAGGUCAUCAAGACCUUCACCUCCUCCCUGCGCGCCGGUAUGCUCGACUGGUCCCCGCGCCUGAUGCUGGCCAUGUACAGCGUCGAGAUCCAGGCCUCCACCGAGGUCCUCGGCCGCGUCUAUGACGUGCUCACCCGCCGCCGGGGCCGUGUCCUGUCCGAGGCCAUGAAGGAGGGCACCCCCUUCUUCACGAUCCAGUCCGUGCUCCCCGUCGCCGAGUCCUUCGGCUUCGCCGACGAGAUGCGCAAGCGCACCAGCGGCGCCGCGCAGCCGCAGCUCAUCUUUGCCGGCUACGAGGUCCUCGACGAGGACCCCUUCUGGGUGCCCUUCACCGAGGACGACCUCGAGGACCUUGGUGAGCUGGCCGACAAGGAGAAUGUCGCCAAGAGGUACAUGGACGGCGUGCGGAGGAAAAAGGGGUUGUUGGUUGAGGGGAGAAAUGUGGCGAGAGACGCGGAGAAGCAGAAGACGCUCAAGAGGUAG